CUUCUCUUCCACCUUGACUUUCUCGAGUCACAUCACUUUUCAUUAAGAGUCGGCCCAUGUCGUUGAAGAAUUAACCUUUAAAGUUACAGUCGUUGCCAUCUUUGUAGUUCCAGCCAUCAUGGCUGGGGACGCCGUGGGAGAAUGUGCUCCGCUGCUCAGUGAGGCCUCCCAGGAAAACCUCCAUCCAGAGACCCGGACGAGCUCUAUUCGUAACGGGAAGCCCAAAACCACGUCAUAUGAACUUUUGUCGGAAUCUACACCCCUUCUUGCACAUCGGGCAAGUGAAGGCAUCCAAUAUUUGGGGGAUGUCAACAUUUCAUCCUCGUCCUCCCGCGAAUCAUCCCCGAACCCGUCUUCCACAAAACAGGGACCGAGGUGGAUCACCCGACCUUCGUCUAUCGCUCUGCUAAGCCUUAUACUGGCAAUAAUUACAGUUCUGGGGCUGGGUUUUGCCAGCCCGACUGUGAUCAAACAAUAUGCUGAAACGGCUACAGUUUUUAAAGCCACUGAUGUAUCCAUCGACUCAUUUACAUCAGAUGGAGUAAAGGCUAGAGUUCAAGGCUCCUUUGUUCUCGAUGCGUCGCGUGUGCCGACGAAAGUUGUACGUGAUAUUGGGCGUUUGGGAACGUGGUUAGCAAGAGAGAUUGAGAGCGAUGAAACCGAAGUACAAGUGUAUCUUCCAGAGUACGGCAACGUCCUGCUAGGAACUGCGACGAUCCCACCCAUCCGAGUCAAUAUUCGUGAUGGCCACGUGAAUACCAUCGAUUUUGUAACAGACUUGAAAGCCGGAGAUAUGGCCGGGGUUCGAGUUGUAGCGAACGACUGGCUCCAGGGCCGCCUUGGCCAGUUGCGUGUCAGAGGAGUGGCUUCUGUGCGCCUGAGAUCCGGCAUAUUAUAUCUCGGAUCUCAGACUAUCUCGGAGUCAUUUGUAUUCCAAGACCAUAGCUACCACGGUUUCCCUGAUUUCAACAUCACGAAAUUGGACUUCCAUGAAAUCAGGACACCAACACAUCAAAAAGCUAUGGAAGCCGACAUCUCAGUGCUUCUUAUGAAUCGAUAUCCAGUCAAACUCACCGUGCCUCCAAUGGGCUUCAAGAUUUCAGUACCAAACUGUGCACCUAUGGACCGCUAUAUUGUAGUAGCUAAUGCUACAACGGACCUAGUUCAAAUCGCCCCCAAUGAGCCCGUGAAUAUCUCUGCGAAAGGAUAUAUUGGAACACUUCCUGAUGUCUUAACCACUGCCUGUCCUGGUACCAACUGGUCACCUUUAGAUCUUCUAGUUGAAAACUAUAUUCGUGGGCUGGAAUCUAAAAUUUACAUUCGUGGAGGCAAAUCCCCUUCAUCCAAUUUGCCUAACUGGAUAGAAGGUUUUCUGAGAAACGUCACGGUUCCUGUACCUUUCGCAGGCCGUGCGCUUGACCAUUUAGUUCGAAACUUUUCCAUGACGAACGUUCAUUUCUUCCUACCGGAACCAUUCGCUCAACCAGACACCCCAGAAGCUCAACUUACGGUUUCCGCAAUGGUCAAAGCGGUAAUCGGCCUUCCUAAGGAGAUGAACUUUCCAUUAAAUAUCUCCCACGUUCGGUCUACUGCAUAUAUUUACUAUGAGGGAAGAGAGCUUGGUUACAUAAAAAUUAACAAGUGGCAAAAUGCUUCUGCAACUCGCAUUCAAGACGGCUCGCCUCCGUCUGUAGCGUUGCUGGUCCAGUUCGAUAUCAAGAAAGCACCGCUACAGGUCACCAAUGGGGACACAUUUACGGAUGUUGUCCAAGCGUUAAUCCUCGAACGCAAACCUAUUCCUUUACAUGUUAAAGCAAAGGUGGAUGCAGAAACGGAUACUGCGCUUGGGCAAUUCAUAAUUCGAGAUAUUCCAGCUAGUGGCAACAUCACUGUGAAGCCCCUCGCGAGUGGAGGAUUUUCGGACCUCAAGGUUGCCGUGGAUACUCUAGAAAUAGUCCAAACGACGGAGUCAUCCAUCCUUCUUGCAGCAAAAUUAAAUUUGACAAAUCCAACUGAAUAUUCAGCGAUCGUUCCUUAUAUAAAUUUACGAGUCGCGCACAACGGAACCAACGUUGGGCGCGUGAUCGCCCGAAACCUGUCAAUGUCACCAGGACUCAAUUCCGGGGUUGAAAUAUCUGCUCUCUGGGACCCAUUGCGGUUUGGUGGAAAGGAUGGAAUCGCUGUUGGUCAAGAUCUGAUAUCUCGUUAUGUUUCAGGAUUCAAUGCGUCCAUCGCCCUUCGCCCACAUCAACACACGAUUCCAACUCUCCCUAGAUUAGGGUUGGCAUUAUCGGCCCUGGAACUGGACAUUCCGAUUCCGAAGCUUCGAGCACCAAGAGAUGAUCAGAAUCCAGGGGAUGAUGGCCAAACCCACUUCAUUAAGGAUGCAACGGUAUUGUCUGCUCUUGCCGAUAGCCUUUCUAAACAAUCUCCUACUGAGGAAAUCAGGCAGAUGGGUACCUCAUAAUCUGAUUUCUCUCCUACCUAAAUUUCACUCGUGUUCUACUACACAACCAUUGACGAGGACUGACUUGCAAAUCCUUGGUCUUGGUAGUUGCACUUGUGGUCUUCGACUGCGGUAUUCACCCUGGCCUCACCGCUGUUGUCCACCACACUUCUGAUUACCGGUAUUGACGCAGUGGCAUUCUACAAUCACACUGAGCCUGUAGGAAAUAUCAAGUAUGACCUUCCAUUUGCAGUACCGCCUGGGAUAUCCCAGACACCGCGGCUCCCGGUGGACCUGGAUUUUAGUGGCGCGGGAUACGAAGCGAUCCGACAGGCGUUAGGGGGAACAUUGAGAAUGGAUGCUGUCGCUGACGUCGACGUGCAGCUCGGAAACUAUUCGAAUACUCUGUUCUACAAAGGUAAAGGGAUUGGCGCAAAGGUACGGAUAUAGGAUAAUAAUGUUUUCUAACGAUGCGGAACCAUUUUCUGGAAUGAGCUGUCAGGUUUCCUCCUUUCCUUUUCGAGAGCAACAUGUUGGAGUUUUAAGGUUAAUUGUCUCGGGUCUCUGAGGAACCCGCUUCAAAAGGUGUUCAUUGGCGUACACAUACUUUUUAUGGAGGAUAAUGCGACUAUACUUCAUCCACCUUUUGACCUUUUGGCAUUGUAUUUAUACAUUGGAUGUGCAUUUCGAGCCUUACGUCAACGGACAUGCGAAAGAGUUCUUUAUAACCACAUCCCGGCUAACCAUGAUUUAUCCCAAUCUUUUCUCGGCGGCGGGUUUUGCCUGAAUCAUGAUCGUUGCUGUUCCGCUGGCUCUCGUUCUACCGGGAUGUGGACUACUAACUCUAGCACAACUUGUAUUCUAUGCAAUGUUUUGAAUCAACUAAGAAUCUUCAGCGCGGGGCUUCAAUGUUUCUGGCAAACAAGUUGAGGAUGAGUCCCUGUCCAUUUUUGGUCAUAAUGUCGUGCCGUGUCUGGCACGAGAUAUAUGAGCUCCCACGUUAAUAAGGCGACUUCCAACUUACUUACCUACCGGUACACUAAUGAGAAAAAUGUCCAAAGGCUAGCGUCGCAAAUGUCAGCAUCUCAAAGCAAGGAUGUUUGACCAUGGUUGUCUUCAGACGAUGACAGUUGCAAAAGAUUGAUUGGUCACACGUGGACGAAUUACAGGACCAAGACCAGUUGUCCUCCCCCAAACUUUCAACGAACCUUUCCAGGAAUCCCUCUCGUCUCUUUGCUGCUCUUCCUGGUCAGUUCCGGUUAUUUGGAGAUGAACAUGUGGCCAGGUUCCUUAGCAUCAUCGGCCGCCACCCAAUCAUUUUCAAUCCAUAGUCACCGCUCUCCCUAAGUGCAUUUUUUUUACACUUGGGUCUUCUUUCAGAGCUAACUGCGCAUUUUCCCUAUCGCAGCCCAAAUAGCAAAUAUUUAAUGUUUCCUUGUCACUGAUGUCAUAAUUGCAUAUUGGUCAAUAUUUUGCAUCAUUGGUGGUCUCAAAAAGUCCGUUAUUUUCCCAAUGCCCACAGAUGGCCCUGACAUCCUAUUGGAUUUUAGAUUUCUUUUCCCAUCAACUACGAGAAAGUGACGCACUUUGGCAGGUGUAAGGGUUUGUCUUUGCGCAUCUCGGAUUCACCUGCCCUAUGGCGACCUCUAUUGCGCCAUCUCUUGCUGUCAAGUUCUCCCAACUCAAGGACCUCGGGACCGAUCUGAGUAUUACUGUGCUCGUUGGACAAUCAAUGCCUCUCCUGUGUCAUUGGGUAGUUACCCACCGUCUUCAGAUAAAGUUUAUACACGAACCUACUUUUCCAUUCCAUAAUUUCCCACUGAGAUAACCAUCGCAUUGAUUCUCCAUAGUUGGGCAGCGACAGGAUUUGUCGCCCAGGAUUCACCUUUGAAUCCUCGUCUCGUUUGCUUCUGACAUCUCCGCUACUAACCCCCGUUCAGCUGUUGCAUUGCGAUAUUGUGUUAACUGCAUUUUCUUUAAACUUUCGCGCAUCUCUUUAUUUCUGCUAGAUGACGUCAAACAAAAGGUCCACUCGUGCCCAAGCAAGCAUGGGAGUUUCGUGCCUAUAUCUUUCACAGGUGAUUUGCGCGAAUGGUUUUGGCAAAUAGGGCCCCCGUCUAUCUUCCUUGAAAGGGUAUAUAAUUUACAUCUCGUCCCCUCAAUUCAAUUCUGAAGUUUACAAUUUUACAUUAUUUAACGAUAUCCGUUAGCAAAUAUCAAAACGCUUCAUUUCACGUACACAUCUAACACUUUCGAUUUUUGGAGGGGUAGCACAAAUUUACCUUCUUGUUUGCUGUCACUUCCGAGUGGAGUUCCAAUAAAUUAGUAUUUAUUUCCCCACAGCAAACAAUCCAGGUCGAUUAUAUAUCAGCUUGCUGUCGACAUCCUUUUACCGUCCACUUAAGAUUUUCCUGGCUGUUCACAUACACACUUCUGAUACGGCGCAAUCAAUUUUCUCCUAACCUUUUACUCGCCCCUUCAUCUCCGACUUUACACAUCGACUCUUACGAUAAUAGGGCAGAGCCUUCUCGAAUUCCUCUUGUCCGUUCAUAUCAAGUCUUUACAUAGAUAUUUCAGAACUUUAACCCAAAGCCGUUUGUUUAUUCGACACCGGUUAUCACCCUCGGUUCACAUAACUUCCGACUAUCAGUAUCUCUGUUGCUGCCAUAGCACGUGAAGGGAGUAGGAGUAUCAAAAUCAAAUACACAAAGAAUUGAACAACAUCCAUAGGCAGAUUUCCACGUCUCUGCUAUAUCCCAUUUCCAGCCUCCCAUCCGACUCGUCUUUUCCUUUAUCCUUCAACCAACCCGCAAUUGCGCGAGGCAUCUUCCUCACAACCAUGUGCAACCACACCGUUAUCUAUAAAUGUGGAGCCAUAGAGACGGUCUUCUCUGAGGACUGCACUUGCCCGACAAACAGAGGACAAAACUACAGCCCCUUGUAUUGCGGAAUUUGUGAAGUUUGUCGGAAAGGGACAGAAAGUGAAGGUUGAAAGAUACCGCAUACCGCACAUCCUGGUACGUGGUCGUUGGGAAGACGGAAGAUACGGAUUUCGGGAUAUUUCCUACACACUGCUCUUGAUGAACACAGGUGGACGGCUUUAAAUUGGCUUGUUGGGCUUUCUGUCCGCCUUAUUUCCCUUCUUCCCCCCCCCCCCCCCUCUCUUUUUUUUCUUAGUGUUUCCACUGUCUGCGACAUGUCUUGCCCAGGCUAUCUUUCUUCUCCCCUUGUCUUCAUUUCUAUGACCUUUCACGGCCCAGUUGAUACCCCAACGAUAUUACGACGUUAUGACUGUGAGAAGCACGUUUUAUUUAUUUUGUUCUCGUUUUCUUCUCCCCUCUCAACUGUUCUUCAAUAGGAGCUGCUCAACCAUAUGAACAGCAGGGCUCUGUGGCCCUAUGGAUGCUAGUGAUAAGCAUUUAUCUUUGAGAUUCCAACUACUAUGACUUUCGUUCUAUGCGUAUGUGGUCUUCCAAUCCAGUUACGAUUUCAUAUUUUCUUCAAGCUAUUUUUUGGAUGUAAGCUCGUUCGUUGCUCUAUUCCUGAAAGACCAAAUGAAAAUAGCUAGGUGGUUGGUUCCCUUCACACCGCUUCUAUGUUUAUCCAAUUUUCACAUAGUAUCAAUGGCAAUUCCAAUGCCCGAAGAAGAGUUAGUACCUUGCCCCUAGACCAAUAUACGGUGCGAGAGGCCGGAGAGCUUUGCGGUGAGGGGCACUGAAAUAAAUUCACUACGCCAAUGAUGACGACAAGACAUAAACAGCCACAAAAAAAAAAAGAAAAAAAGAAAAAAAAGUAGAAUUAAAAUGGGCAGUUAUUCGGUCCGUUCCUUCCCAAUACGUAAAAUAUACAAGAGAUGAAGGAAACUAGACGAUAGCAUAGAGUUAUACAGAACCAGAGAAAUGAGAAAAUAAAAAGAAAUAACUUGAUUGCCUGUCACUGUCCUUCCAUUUUCUCUUUCC